AAAAAAAGAAAGGGUCAGUUGCCUUGCAUACGGACGGACGCUUUCAACCCUCAUUCAAUGCUCUACCAAACGCACCCCAUUUUCUUCCAAUCCAACCCUUCUCCUUCUGCAAUUCCUAGUCUUACCCUUCUUUCUUUUUCCCCUCGUCCUUCAAAGUAAGAAAUUAAAAUGGAGUGCGUUGAAGCGGCAGCAGCGCUUAAAGCCAGUUUACGUGCGGAGAUGCUGGCCGUCAGAUCAUGGGCCCAAGAUCAGUCUUCCAACGACGACGAUUGGUGCGGCAACGGAGCCGCUGCUGGCGGGGAUGAGUUCUUCGUCGACGGGCUUCUGGAUUUCUCGAAUGAAGAUGGUGUUGGAGGGCUUGAAGAAGAAGAAGAGGAGAAGAACUGCAGCGUCUCCGUUUCGACUGCCGAUGAUAAUUCAAACUCCCACGUUUCAGUUAAGGACGAUUUCGAGGCGGGAAUCGGCGUUCCUACGGACGACCUAGCCGACCUUGAAUGGUUGUCUCAUUUCGUUGAAGAAUCAUUCACGGAAUUCCCAUGCUCUACCGACUCUUUGCCGUACACGUGGACGGCAACGAAAAACCCCACAACUGGCCCAGACAAAAAGAGCCCAAGCCCAGACCAGAAGAGGGGUUUUGUGAUUGGAAUCAACGUCCCAGCCAAGGCUCGGAGCAAGCGUGCGAGAACUAGCACACGUGUUUGGUCUUUCAGUAGUCCGCAGACUACCGAGUCUUCCACGUCAUCGUCCUCGUCGGCGUCUUCUUCCUCCAAUUCUAGUCUCACCUUCUGUAAUACCGCCCAAAAUCUCGAUCUUUAUUACGGAAAACAGCCUUACAAGAAGAAGAAACCGGCAGUCCCGGUAAAAGACCGGAAAUCCCCGGUUCAGCAGCCCCAGCGCCGGUGCAGCCAUUGUCUGGUGCAGAAGACCCCACAGUGGAGAACCGGACCGCUCGGUUCCAAAACCCUAUGCAACGCUUGUGGGGUCCGCUACAAAUCUGGCCGGCUCUUGCCGGAAUACCGCCCGGCGGGUAGCCCUACUUUCAUGAGUCAUGUGCAUUCCAACCACCACAGGAGGGUUCUCGAGAUGCGCCAGAGGAAAGAGGUUUCGGACCCACACGAACCCGGUCUACCAGCGGUUGAGAGUUUUUGAACCAGGUUCGGUUCGCGUGUACAUUUCGGGGGGUGGUGCUUUUUGCAGUUUGUAACGGAUUAGGGCAGAUUUUUCGGACGGUGCGUUUCGUAGCCUGUAACGAAUUUUGGAGUUUACUAGAAAUUUUGGGAUCUCCAGAUGAACGAUCUAGAUCAUAGCUUGGUGGGGCAGUAGGGCGAGGCAGAUUACACAAAUUCUUCCCUUUUUUCCUUUUUUUUUUUGUUUUUAGUUGAAAAUAGUUCAAAAAUACAAAAUGUAAAAGAGGUCAGUAGUUAGAGCGGAACAGUGAAGAAAAAGCAAUGGCUAGGAUUAUAUGAUGGGUGUACUUUAAAUUAUUGGCAAUCUAUUAUGAAUUUUUCACCA